AUGCAAAGGAUUGAUGAGCUGUUCGAAAUAAGGAGAACUAACUUGACGGAUGUGAAGCAAAUUGAGGAACUGAAGGACAGAGUUAAUUUGAAGGGAUUCGGUAAAAUAAGUCUGGUCAAGCUUAUCGAGAGGUCAACAUUCUCUUUGUGUAUAACUGACAGUGAGGGAGUUUUGGCUGGACAUGCUUGUUUUUAUGACUAUCCAAACGGUGAAGAAUUUCCACAGGAUGAUUGGAUUUCAAUUUUUAGUACUAAAUACCGCAUUAACAAUGUGACAAAUACAAACUCCCUUUUUGUGCACUUGCUUGUCUUGGAUUCAGCAAAUGAAAAGAUGGCUUUAUGUCAGAUGCUGAAAUCUGCUUUUAACAUAGCCAUUCAGUUCACCACAUAUUUUUGUUGCUAG